CCAACGAUGGUUUUCCAAAUGACACGCGCCGUCGAUCUGCUUCUAUUGCACCGUCUCUACAGUCUCAUAUCACGGUCGUUGAGGGCAAGGACAAUUCUCCUGAUCUCUACAGUUUUGGCCGUCAGCAGACAUUCAGAAGUCCGUUAAAACUUAGUUUUUGGGACUGGGUGAAAGGGAUCUUCAAUCGUGAGGCAUUGAUGAGGAGAAUCGAAAGAUCCAUGGAAAUCACGCGUCCACAAGGGUCAUCCCAAAAGGUCUGACUUCUUAGUCACCGUUCUGGUGUCGCCCAAGGCCAACAUGGGCUAUGUGACAUCUGACUUUCAAACACCUACGCCCUAUGAGAGUGAAGGUGCCCGCACGUUGACUGGGGAGCCUUUCGCCGUUGAGGCUGCGAUCUAUUUAUCAUGGCACCACAGCUCUAGCCCAAUAACCUUUCGGCAGAUGCGCUUCCUCAUCAUAUCAAACUCCGAGUUUGAGAUGAUCAUUGGGUCUGAUACCAUCAGCAAACACAGCCUAUUGGUACCCCCUGUCUUUGCCACAGGCAGUCGCUCUGUGUACGAACCGUCUGAAGAUCCCACAGUUCGAGAAAUGCGUCUGGAUCACGCGGAAGCCGAAAGCGAAAUCGAGAAUCUUGAGCGUGACCUCCAGAAAGAUUUCCAUCCUUGUAGUUUUGAUUUUGGAGUUAUUCAAGAAGGGUUGCGCCGCGAGAAACUGCUGUAUACCAGGUGGUCUGUAUUUAAUUUUGGCUUGUCUUAUUGAAAUGCACUGCAGGCCGGUCGUUAGCGGUUAGAGUCUGUAAAUCCAUGUGUUGGUAGGGCUAUUAUUAGAUACUACCUGAAACAACGCCAUGCCGAACACAACGAUGCAGAGGUAUCUUAAGCAAGGAAAGGUCUACUCAA